AUGGGUGCCAGCGACUCUAAGCUAGUAUUCAAAAAGGGGAUCUUCAGGUUGUCAGAAGAGCGACAUAUACCUGCCGAUGACCCAUAUUGGACAUCUUUCUGGGAGCUCCCGGAGUCCUCCGAGGACAUAUUUAGUCUCUUUGCGCCUGCAGAUAUUCGUCGAACUCGUGAUAGAGCAAUUGAGAAUCUAGAAACUCUUAUACUUGCUGUGACGUCUCGCCUUUUCAUAUUGCGACACCAUCCCUCAUUCCCCGACCCCGAGUUCGCACCCGAGCGCGAUGCCCUAAAUUGUAUCCGUAUCCUUACCCGCGUUCUGCCCUACCUGUACGAAGUAGACCACCUGCAAGGCUGGGAAGAUAAGUUCUUUUGGGGUACUAGGCGAAAGCGGACGAGGCGAGCUACUAUCGCGAACGAGGUGCUUUUCGAUGAAGCGGAGGAAGAAGCGAAGCCGCUCCCUGCUGACGAGUUCGAGGAGGCAAAACCCUUAGCAGAAGAGCUUAUCGAUACUCUCAUCGACCUCCUUUUCUUCUCUGACCUAACAGUUCCGAAGCAGCCUCAUGGCAAGCCAAAAGUCACCUAUGCCAUUUGGCAGAGCGGCGUGGGCUGCAACACAGCUGUACCUACGACAAAGGAGUACGAGAGUAACCGAGGCGAGAUCCUGCGCCUUCUCUUGACUCUAGCGGGUCAGAGCAUGUAUAUGUCCCCCAGCAUACUACCAACUAGGGGGGCCAGGUCUCUAACAUAUAUUUGCACAUGUCCGGAUAAGCAAGUCGUCUUAUCCGUCUUGUGUUCCCUAUUGAAUACUACCCUCAAAUAUAAUCCAGCAAGCUGGCGUGUGCCUUAUAACACUCUUAUGUUCAAGGACCCAAAAGAGAUCCUCAUCGCCUAUACCUUACAGUUCCUACUAGUCACCCUUAUUUACCCAAUACCCGAGCCCGCUACUGGCUCUGCGCCCAAGAAUUAUUAUCGCCAUUUCCUCGGAAGACUACAUCGUCCUCAAGAUUUCCAAUUCAUUGUUGAUGGUAUGACGCGGAUACUCAAUCAACCUAUGCAGGCCAACAUCUCGUAUAUUCCCGGGACCCAAACUACGACUAGAUUCUCUCCCGAGAUAAUAAUGCUGUUCUGGGAGAUCACCCAAUGCAACAAACGAUUUAGAUCUUUUAUGAUCGAUACGCAGAGAGCACACGACUUUGUUAUCCUCCUCCUUUUCUACGCCACUGAGCAUAAGACAGAUGCCUCAAAACAAGGCGUCGUACGAAUGUGCGCAUUCUUGCUACAGACGUUGAGUGUCGAGAAGAACUUUGGCGUCAAUCUCAAUAAGCACUUCGAAGGACAGGAAACAUUGCCAGUUGUUAUUCGAAUCCCUGGGUUCAAAGGCACAUAUGCCGAUUUCUUGAUACAGUCCAUAUACAACCUCAUCACAAGAAGCCAGGGCAAGCUUUCUGCCAUAUACCCUGCGCUACUCGCCGUGAUUAACAACAUAGCUGCUUAUCUAGAGGGCAUCAACGGCACGACGGGUUCAAAACUACUACAGUUGUUCAAUUCGAUGUCCUCCCCUUCAUUUCUUCUUGCUAAUGAUAGUAACCACGAUCUCCUCGCAUCUCUCCUAGAGUCGAUGAACGCUCUGAUUGAGCAUCAAUACAAGAAGAAUCCUCACUUUAUCUACCUAAUAUUGAAGAGUAGAAAACGUUUUGAGGCGUUACGAAAUUUUACGCUUGAGAGCGGGCAAGAGGAACUCGAGCGAAGAAGUCGUCGAAGGAAGGAAACUGGACAGUCACUAGACCCAUUGGAUGCAAGCUCUAGGCGUAGUUCCGUCGAGAGUCUACGCAGCCCCGUUACAACACAACCAAGAACACCAACGUUAAGCAAUGUACCAGAGGAGGAUACGACGUUUGCUAUCGGCGAUGCUGAGGAUGAUAGCGAUGAGGAGGACGAUGACCGACCGACACCGGCGCAAUCGAGUCCGAGCGAGAAUCCUUCUCGGGCCUCUUCUGUUGUCGAUGUAGAAGAUGCAGUACCAACGCAACUAAGGGGAAUGUCGGAGAAAGCUAGGGGGAAAAUGCCUGCGGGCGUACCGACAUUCUCUCGGCAGAAUAGCGUGACAAGUCUCAGUAGCUAUUCGGCAGCCGGUCAAUCCGCACCUGGUAUUUUCGAGCCUUCGGCGGAAUGGAUCGAGAGUUGGCUUCCCGAGCUUCCUCUCCAUACGAUCCUCACCGUCAUCCAGCAAUUGACCGUGUUAAUUAACCGGCAAGGACUGACGGCAGAAGUACCAUCAUCCGCAACCUUGAAGGCCAUCCAAGAGGCAGACUUAGUCGGCAUAGAGCCUUCCUCGAUUAGAGUGCAUUCAUUCGAGUGGUCGCCCCUAGCUCUAGGUUGGUACGAAUCGCUAGUUUGGAGCUUCGUUUUCGCAAGCGAAAUGCAGGUCUCGAGGGGCACCGUUGGCGUGUGGAACGGAACGGCGAUCAAGUUGUUUAAGGUGCAGGAAACUGCCGCCCAAGGCCCGACCUUAACAUCUCCCCGAGGAGCGGUAGAUGCCGUCGGGAACAACAUCGUGUCGAGGAUCGGGUCUAUCAAUCUGCGAGGUGCGCAGGUGUCCCCAUCAUCUCCUGGACUUCAGCCGCAGCGCAAUGCGUAG